AUGCCUCUGCUGAACUUGGCCCCUCCCUGCUCUGGGGACAACUGUUCGUCUCAGAGCGAGUCCAAGGCCUACUGUUACUCCGCUCGUAUCCGCAGCACCGUGCUGCAGGGGCUGCCCUUCGGGGGGGUCCCCACGGUCCUGGCCCUGGACUUCAUGUGCUUCCUGGUGCUGCUGUUUGUGUUUUCCAUCCUCCGGAAAGUUGCCUGGGAUUAUGGACGUCUGGCUCUGGUCACGGACGCAGACAGGUGA